AUGGCAAUUGAAUUGAAAUUAUUCAUGAAGGCGCAGUUUGAAAUUGACGACUUCAUAAAAUUUGAGGAGCCGCGAGCAGAACCGUUGGAUUUGUCAAUGACAAGAAUGAUUGAAAGACGGAUUGGACCAUCAGAUUUAUCACCGCAAACAGAACCGUUGGAUUUGUCAAUGUCAAGAACAUAUAUGGGAAUUCACAAAUUUGUGAAGCUGCAAAGAGAAUCGUUAGAUUUGUCAAGGACAAGAAUUAUUGAGAAACGGAUUGAACCAUCAGACCUAUCAGCGCCAGAGGUAAGUGGGAGACAAGUAGAACUCAGCGAAAUUGAUCAGAAUGACGCAAGACCGUUGAACCUAUCAGUUCAAGAAAAGUCGUUUAAAUGCAAAACAUGCGGAAAGGGUUUUGGUAAGCCAUCGGAUAUGAAGAAACAUGUGAGAAUUCACACUGGUGAUAGGCCAUUCAAAUGCGAAAUAUGCGGGAAGGAUUUCAGAAGGUUAUGGGAUCUGCGUUUACAUAAGAGAACUCACACAGGUGAUAAACCGUACAAAUGCGAAACAUGCGGGAAGGGUUUUGCUCACUUAUCGAAUAUGCGUACACAUGUGAGAAUUCACACAGGUGAUAAACCGCACAAAUGCGAAACGUGCGGGAAGGAUUUUGCUCAGUCAUCGAAUAUGCGUACACAUGUGAAGAUACACAAGGUGAGAAACGAAACAGUUGUUCUGCGUGGAAGAAAAAUUUCUCUCAAUCACAAAAUAUGA